CACUUGAUUGAUGAAUAUCAACACUGUCGCUCGUUCAAUCUUCACCGAUUUUUAAGUUUUGUUUAUCGCUUUUGGAUCGAUUUUUACAAUUUCCCAACGAAUUGAUCAAUUAUUCUUCACAAUAGAAACAAAAAAGAAGAUUUUUUUAUUUAUAAAGGACUUAUCGAGAACAUUUCUCUAUAUGUAUACUUGCCUAUAGAGUUCAUUAUUGUGUCGAUUUACGAUUGAAAUUUCUAUAUUUAUUAUUCGAUAUUUUCUCAAUCGUUAAAAAAUCGGAAAAUAAUGCCAAAAAUUCGUACUGUAAGAAAUCGUAAUCAUCAACCACCAGAAGGAUGGGAUUUAAUUGAGCCAACCAUUGAAGAAUUGGAGGCCAAAAUGCGUGAAGCUGAAUCCGAAACCCAUGAAGGUAAACGUCGUACCGAAUCCUUAUGGCCAAUAUUCAAAAUACAUCAUCAAAAAUCUCGUUACAUUUACGAACUUUACUAUAAACGUCAAUCAAUAUCCAAAGAGUUGUAUGAAUAUUGUGUUAAGAAUCGUAUAGCCGAUGCUGCUUUGAUAGCUAAAUGGAAAAAACAAGGUUAUGAAAAUUUAUGCUGUCUUCGUUGUAUUCAGGUUCGAGAUACAAAUUUUGGAACAAAUUGCAUCUGUCGUGUACCGAGAGAUAAGCUGGAAGAAGGUCGUAAACUUGUCGAAUGUAUUCAUUGUGGUUGUCGUGGAUGUUCCGGUUGAUGAAUUGAACUUUCACAACUAUAAACUGAAAAAAACUAUCUCGCAUUCAUUAUUGGUAUUUGUACAUUUAAUUCAUAAUAAUGAAUUUUUUAUUGC